AUGCUCUACAGGAAAUACGUCCGGAGCAGCAUGAAGGUCAUAAGAGCAACAGACCCAGGAAUAUUUCACAUAUGGCAUCCCAAGGUGUGCUCCGGCAAUCUCGGAGGGCAAAAACUGUCAGCCGACCAGUACAGGGCGUGCAUCAGGUCCAGGGCCCUGAACGAAGCUUCGCACGCCCAGCUGGGCUUCCUCGCUUUCAGAGACGACAUAGCCGCAAACAGUAGCCCCGCCAAGUACCCUUCGCAUAACCUGAAAUCGCUGAAAACUUCCCCGAAAAAGAACAAACUUCCCACCUAAGAUUAGUGAGUUUUAUUUUUAGAACCGUAUGAGUUUCAAGUAAUUGGACAAUUUGACACCGCUUGUG